AUGAGUUACAAUCCAUACGCCGAACAAUCGGGUAAUCCGUAUGCCGAAAACACAGGCAACCCAUAUAUUGACAACACAGGUAACCCAUACGCAGGCGAUAAUGACUAUGAAAUGAAUACUUACAAUCAAAGCAGCAAUAUUAACAACAACAACAACAACAACAACAUUAAUAAUGCCGGUGAUGAUUUUUUUUCAAGAAUCCAAACCCUUAAGGACGACUUGAACGAUUACAAUUUACUAAUCAAUCAAAUUGAGCGUUUACAAAUGAGCGCCUUGAAUGCAGUUUCUGCCGACGAGUUGAAUGCCAUAAAAGCGCAAAUUGAUAGUGUAAGUAAUAACAUUAAAAGUGUCCAGACUUUGGAAAUCAAGCCGAAGUUGACAGAGUUGUACGAGACUGUUGGCGGCGACGUUGAUAAGGAAGAACAAGUCAAUAAUAUCAGAAACCAAUUCCGUAAUGCUAUCUUAAGAUUUCAGCAAGUUGACGAUAGUUACCGUCAAUCCAAUCAAAAUAAAGCCAUUGAACAAUAUCAAAUUGUUAAUCCGGAUGCCACUUAUAGCGAAUCCCUACAGUUUAUUGACCAUAUAGGCGACCAGCAGGUGUUUGAUGAAGCUAUCAACAUGGCCAACCGUAAAGGUGAGGCUGUUGCCGUUUUAGAUGAAGUCAAGACUAGACAUCAAGAAGUGUUGCGUGCAGUUCAAAUGACUAAUGAAUUAAACAUCCUCUUGGAUGACUUACAGAACUUGGCUUUCCAGCAAGACGAGAUUAUUGACUCUGCAAAUAAAAACAUUGAACGUGCACAAGAUCAGUUAGAGAGAGGUGAUGCCAAUGUCGUCAAGGCUAGAGAUCACGCAAAGAAGGGGAGAAAAUGGAGAUGGAUCUUGUUCUGGGUGGUUGUUGUCCUUAUAUGUGCCAUUGUUGGUGGUGUCGUUGGUGGUGUUGUUGGUUCAAGACAUUAA